AGUGAAGAGCUGCAGACUGAAGACCAGACUCUGUCCUCUGACUGAGUCCAGCUGCAGAAGACAAGUGUCCACACACUGAAGGCUCCGCCCCCUUCACCUGGCUCACCCAAGAACAACCAGGAAACAGUCAGUCACCAUCAGUGAGUGAAGAGACGCAGACUGAAGACCAGACUCUGUCCUCUGACUGAGUCCAGCUGCAGAAGACAAACGUCCACACACUGAAGACAAGAUGGCCUCCAGAUCAGAGGGGGAUCUCUGCUGUCCCAUCUGUCAGGACGUCUUCAGAGAUCCUGUCCUUCUGUCCUGUAGCCACAGCUUCUGUAAAGACUGUGUGAAGACAUGGUGGAGAGACAGACCAACACCAGACUGUCCUGUUUGUAAGAGAAGGUCUUCAAAGGAUGAACCACCCUGUAACCUGGUUUUAAAGAAUAUGUGUGAGACCUUCUUACAGGAGCGAGGUCAGAGGUCUUCAGAGGUUCUCUGCAGUCAGCACUCUGAGAAACUCAGACUCUUCUGUCUGGACCAUCAGCAGCCAGUGUGUCUCGUCUGCAGAGACUCAAAAAACCACAUUGGCCACAAGUUCAGACCCAUCGAUGAAGCUGCACAAGAACACAAGAAGCAACUUCAGGAAACUCUGGAGACCUUCAAGAAGAACUUAAAGAGUCUGGAAGAAGUUCAGGUGAAGUUUGAUCAAACAGCAGAACACAUUAAAGUCCAGGCCCGACGCACAGAGACACGGAUGAAGGAGCAGUUUAAGAAGCUUCGACAGUUUCUACAAGAGGAAGAGGAGACCAGGAUGGCUGCACUGAGGGAGGAUGAGCAGCAGAAGAGUCUCAUGAUGAAGAAGAAGAUGGAGGCUCUGAGCAGAGAGAUAGAAGCUCUAUCAGAUACAGUCAGAGCCACAGAGGACGAGCUGAGAGCUGAAGACAUCGUCUUCCUGCUCAACUACAGAGAGCAGCAGCGCCCCCUGCUGGAGCCUCCACAGCUGCACUCAGGAGCUCUGAUAGACGAGGCCAAACACCUGGGCAACCUGGCCUUCAACAUCUGGAACAAGAUGAAGGACGUGGUCUCCUACAGUCCUGUGGUUCUGGACCUAAACACUGCUCAUCCACUCGUCAUUGUGUCUGAAGAUCUGACCAGUUUGAGACGAGGAGCCAGACAGAAGGUUCCUAAUAAUCCAGAGAGGUUUGAUUAUUACAACAGUGUCCUGGGCUCUGAGGGUUUUAACUCAGGAACUCACAGCUGGGACGUCCAGGUUGGAGACAAUAAAGAGUGGACAGUGGGAGUUUUAGAGUCUGACCUGAGGAAAGGAAAAGACAUACUGUCUGGAUUAUGGGGGAUAGAGUUAUCUGAAAAUAAAUACUAUGAAUGGUCAUCAGGUAAAUGCUCUGUUCUCCAGCUGAAGAAGAAGAUCCAGAAGAUCAGAGUGAGUCUGGACUGGGUGAGAAGACGAUUGUCCUACUCUGAUCCUGAUACUAACACACUCAUACACACACACACACACACUUUCACACACACCAUGUUUCCAUUCAUUAACAAUGUUGAUGAUGUUGAUUGUCUCCCAGUGAAGAUGUUACCAGUGAUUCUCCCAGUGAAUAUUUUACCAGUACUUCAUUAACAUUGUUGAUUGUAUCCCAGUGAAGGUUUGAAGGUUAAAGGGACAGUUCACACAAGUGAAGCUGUUCAACUUCACGUCUCUUUCACUCUCUUCACUCGUUCUUCUCUCCUUUUAGAGUUUGUGGUUUUUUCACGUGUAUGAAAAUUAUUUCACUGACGUUUCUUCAGAUUUGAAUAUUAAAAUAUUAUAUUAGUGAAAUAUUAGGGUCUAAUUAUAGUUAAUCAAUACUUAUUCUGUACUCCUGUACACUUAGUUAAGGGAUGCAUGUUUCCCAACAGAUUGUGACUGUGUUAACUCUUGUUAAGAGUAGCUUUAUAAAUGUUUUUUUAGGUCAGAUAUUAAGUGGUUUUGAUCAGGUCAUAAGUGGUUUUCUACAUGUGACAUGUUUGUCUGUGAACAUGUAA